AUGGAGAACAGCGGGCGCGUGGGUUCCCGAGAGAACUGGCUCGGUCGGUCUGUCUCGUUCCGCGAAUUUAUCAAAUUCUCCGCCACGUGCGUGGCGAAAGGCGCGAGAGAGGCUCAGCUGGAUUGUGCAGUAUUAAUGCACCUGCGAUUGGCCGCGAGUCGGAGGCUCGGCUGUAUCAUUUAAAAAUAAAUUACCACUCGGUAGAGUGUCGUUGCGAGUUAAAUUGAAACCGGCCAGUGCACUCGCAGAAAUCUACGCCGGUUGUGUUCGCGUUACUACUCAUCUCGCAUCGAAUCUGUUUUCUCGGACAGUGUCGCUCGUGCUUGCCUCCGUUUUGCUUUAUUCAUGCGAUGACAUGCGUCUUGGAACACAUACAUGUUAUCAAGGCAGCCUUGAGGUAAAAUGUUUCGUAGUUUACCAGAUAGGGUGGCAGGGCUGUAUUAUGCCCAUGGCCUGUUCUGCUCCUCUCAUCCUGUUGCAAUUAUUUCAUUGGCAAUCUCGAUCCUAUCCUUUAGUCAAUUUACCAAUGCCUGGCAAUGCACCAAGGACAAUAAUCAACCAUACUAUUGUACCUGAGAAUAAUACAGAAAACUCUGUGUUUUAUGUGCAACAAGUAGUGUUAAGGGUUGGAGUUAUACCAUGGACAGAGGAACUGACAUUAAUGGAUGCUUUCAGGGGUCCAUUAUACGAAGUUUUUAAUCUUUUAGAAAUCAUACAGAAUUAUCAGCAUCCAGAAACAUUGAAAACACUCGGUCAAGUUUGUCUACACAUUGAGGCAGUUAAAAAGAGAAGUGGUAAAAAGUCAGAAGUUUUGCCUGAGUAUAAUUGUUUGGUUCUUUCACCUGCCAAUUUGUGGCAACGAAGUAUUGAACUGUAUGCACAAGAUACGAAUCUUAUAAGUACCAUAUAUUCAUAUCAGAAUCUACAAAAGGGAAAAAUUAGUUUAGCUGAAAUAAUGUUUGGGAUGAAUUUAAAAGAAACUGGAAUUAAAAGAUAUCCAAUUCGACUUAGACAAAGGAUUUUACAAUAUGCAGUAACUAUUUAUCUAAAGGACUAUGAUCCUGAAUUUUUAAAGGGAUUACAACAUAGAUUAAAAAGCUAUUAUCACCUUCAUCAGAUAGAAAGUGACAAUGCUACUUACAUUCCUAUGGAUGAAACAUUACAUAUUUUUUAUCCUGGUGAAUUUAAUUACAGUGACUUUUUCCCAUUGAUGAUGACAUUUUUGGCUUUGUUCUUUUAUGUCUAUUUCUCUGUGCGAAAAAUAGAAUUGGUGAAAUCAAAAAUUGGAAUAGCUUUUAGUGCAACAAUAACAGUGAUAAGUUCACUGUCCAUGACUGUGGGUGUCUGCUUUUUUUUUGGCUUAACCGUAAGUUUAAGUAGAAAAGAAGUGUUCCCAUAUUUGGUGAUUAUCGUAGGACUGGAGAAUGUGUUGGUACUAACCAAAAGUGUAGUGAGUACUCCACCGCAUUUGGAUGCGAAAAUACGUGUUGCUCAAGCUCUGUCCAAAGAGGGUUGGUCCAUCACCAAAAAUCUCCUCACAGAAGUAACAAUCUUGACAAUUGGAUUGUUUACUUUUGUGCCAGCUAUACAAGAGUUUUGCAUAUUUGCUAUUGUUGGAUUAGUCAAUGAUUUCUUCCUUCAAAUGAUGCUUUUUUCAACAAUUCUUGCUAUCGAUAUUAAACGAACCGAGUUGUCUAACGAAACGUCGAAGUUUCACUUGACAAACAUACCAACUACGCGUAAACAGCAAUUUACGACAACGAUAACGAACAGGAAACCGAAUAUUUUCCGAUCAAAAUCUCAUCCGAGAUUAAAUGGUUUGUCUAACGGUCCGACGAAUGUCAUAGCUUCUAAUACACAAAACACUCAUACAUUUGGUAAAAUUCCAAAACGUUUACGCUUGGUGCAUUUCUGGGCAAGAACUCGAAUAUUUCAACGUGCCUUUAUGGUAUGGAUGGUUGUCUGGAUCAGCAUGAUCGUUUACAAUUCUGGUAUUGUUGAACAUGUUAUACACCUCAGUGAAAGGUUAAAGCCAGAGUCAGACCUGGAUGGGUACACAGUAGACAGAUCUCAGUCCUCAAAUAAUUAUUUCGAAUUAAAUACUAUGAAACCAAUAUCAAUUGCUUCUGCGAUCAUUGCUCCGGAUCAUUUGAAUAAACAGGAUGAUCUAACAAACAAUAUUACCGAUGAAUUAAAUAAAUUAAGACCAGUAGAGUUCCCACCUUGGAAUCGUUUAUCACUUUAUCAUUGGUCUUCGAUUCUUUCAAUGUACAAUAUCUCUGCCGCUGGUGGACGUAUAGUUAUAUUACCUACUAUGAAAUUAUCUCAUGCUGUUAAUCCACAGUUAGCGAAACAAAUUAGUAAUCCAAAUGAUGUGCAACAUUUUCAAUGGCAGAGUUUCGCGACUGUUGCCCUUGACCCAUUAGAUUUCUCAGAUAUGGAAGUACCAACUAGAUCAGAAAGUCGAGGAUUUAACGCAGAUGCUCCUUUCAUUCCCUCCAGUCCAAUGGAAAUAUUUUUAGCGGCAAUCUUGUGUCUCAUUAGUGUUAUUGUUGUUGCUUAUACAAUGGUUGUGCUCUAUAGAUGUGUUUGUUCGAGGAAUUAUGCCGAAUGGCGUGCAAGUUGGUAUCAGGCAGAGAAGGCACAUGAUUCAGCAACGCAAUUAGUUUUACAAGCACUACCCUUGGUCCUCGAAGGUCAUACUCAAGAAAUAGAGUGCAUUGCUACAGAUGGCAAUACCAUAGCCAGCACCUGUUUAGCUGGACACAUUAAAGUGUGGGAUGCAACGUCGGGUGAACAGUUAGUUCACGUAGACAGAAAACAGUUUUUCAGUAACCCUCAUAAAAACUUGAAUCAUACAACGCCUGAUAUGGAUGAGUUAAUGUCAGAUUAUGAAAGUGGUUCGCCACCCUCUAGAGGGGAAAUGGAGAAUACUAACUCAUUUGGAUUAUAUUCGACUGCGUCAGCUAUCCAUUGCAGAAAAUCCUCUUCUGGAUUACAUAAUAUGCACAGAGGACAGAAUAAUAACAGUAAAAAAUAUUCAAUGGGAAAAACAUUGGAAUACGAUUAUCAAACUAACGAAGUCAACUUAGAAAGGAAGAAAAAUUAUCGUAAAAGUUUGGAGAACGCUUAUGAUCUCCCUGACUUAAAACCAGCAAUAAAUAUCAAGUUUUCAUGCAUGGAACAACUCCAACUACGGCAAAAUUGUGAACAAGGAUUCGACUUUGGCAGUCAAUAUAAACAACUUUUAGAGGAACAUAAUAAGUCUAUAGAGUUACAGAAUUCAGAGAAUUUAGAACAAUUGUGUGUUCCGAGUGUAAAAUUAAAUUCGUCCAGUAUAGUGGACAGUAUGACUGUGAAUCCAGACAAAAUUGUGCAAUUCUCACAUGUGGUAUCUCCUAUUUGGUGUAUGGAUUAUCAGGAGAAUCUUAUAGUCGUGGGAUGUGCUAACGGAAGUCUAGAAUUUUGGGAAGGCACUACUGGUAAAUUUAAGUGUUUAUUUGAUGACGGAUCGCGGCUUGGAAUAUCCGCCGUAAAAUUCAUUGGCAGUAGAGUAGUAGCAGCUAAAUUAAAUGGUUCUAUUGACUUUCUACAAUUAGAAAGUUAUAGCGAAGGUCAACAAAUUGAUUGGGGAUUUACCUCCUAUAGAAGAACUCAUGUUAGGACAGGAAGUGCUGGUUCACCUAUGGAUAUAAAUAACAUCAUGCAAACUGAAGAAGAUCUUCGCUGUAUAAAAAUUAGUUCUCAUAAAGCACACCAGCAAGCAAUAACCGUGCUUGACAGUGAAGGUGGUCGUGUUUUAACUGGUAGUCAAGACCACACUCUUAAAGUAUAUAGACUGGAAGACCAAUUGCCAUUAUAUACCCUCCAUGGUCAUUGUGGCCCUAUAUCCUGUCUGUUUAUUGACAGAAUGAGCCCUAUGACAUCUGGCAGUGGAUCUCAAGAUGGAACGUGUAUGUAUAGUAUACAUGCUCACGAUGGCACUGUAGCCGCUAUCACAUGCUCCGUGUCAUACGUGAUAAGUAUCGGCACUGAUGAAAGGUUAUGUGUAUGGGAACGAUUUCAGGGACAUUUACUACACGCUCUUCCAGCGCAUAGAUCAGCAUAUAGUCUACAAUUAGUCAUGUUAACGCAUCAUUUACUCAUAACCAGCAGUCAGGGAUCAUUAGUAGUUUGGGACGUAAGGACGGGAGAGCCUGUGCGCGAAGUCAGACUGGGUCACACGGACAGUUGUAUUUUCGUAAAGCAAAUGUUAGCAUUAAAAGAUAGCGUAGUAUGCGACUUUGGCCGUCAAUUGCGGGUAAUCAGAUUCCCGUUGGUUUCUGAUAAACUAGAUUAAAAUCUGUAUAUGCACCAUUGUACAUAGCUCUAUUUCGUUUCUUAUUUAAUUUUAAUAUUUGAACGAAGUCCUACUGUCUAUGCAGACAUAGAUUUUUACAUUUUGUAGAGUUUACAUUUUGAAAACUAAACGCAACUUUUAAUAUGAAUUUUUUACAUCCGACUACGUCAUGGCGCCUUAAUAUUUGUACUCUAUCGUGACAGUUAAAGAGAAACAUAAGUAUAGUUAUCUCUUUUCGAUAAACUGCCAUGAAAUUUUCGAUUCUCUCUGUGUAGGUUUGAAUAAAAUAGCUAACGAGCAAUGAUAAAUGAUAGAGAAAUCAUAUUUUUAGAUAACUAGACAGAGAAUUGAAUAACUUUUGAUAUUUCCAUUCAUUGCCUAAGGAAAAAAGAAAAAAAAAAAAA